GUCUAUAUAUUUAUCGACAAUAUUAUUAUCUUUAGCGAUAUUGUAGAUAAGUAUACUAAGUACCUAGAAACUAUCUUUAACCUCUUUAAGAAGAACAACAUCUCUAUCGCUCUAGCUAAAUCGUAUAUUGUAUACCCUAGUAUAGAGCUACUUAGUUUCUAUAUUAAUAGAUUUGGACUUACUAAUAUAGAGUACUAUAUUACUACCUUUAGGAACUUUGCCUUUCUAAACAACCUCUUUGCCUUAGAGCAGUAUAUUAGUGUAUUUAGAUUUUUACGCUAUCUGAUCCUAUACUACGCCUAG